AUGGCCGGCGUAGCACGUCCUGACUCAGACUACGCGAGGCAUGUGCGGGAGCAGAUGAUGGCUGGUGUGGCGGCUGCCCAGCGUGGCAAUGACGACGCGCGCCGCCCGGGCCCGGUUGCUGCUACUAUUCCCGCAGACCGAGGACGAACUUUGCCGCAUGCCCAGCCUGUAGAAACGGAAGACGGCACAACUACGGUGUCUUCGACGAUUGAUCGCAAGGCCGAGUAUGCGAGCCAACUGCGGGAGCAGAUGGCUUCUGACGAGGCUACAAGGAAGGCCAUGGAAAUCGAAAGGAAAUGUAAAGUCUCCACCGUUUCCUCUGCUGCCGGCCCUGCCAUUGGGGAACAUGAAGAAGGUCUCCGGGGUGGUGAGGACGAAUGGGUGAAUGAAUCGGUGAGACAAGCGAAGGCCGAAUACGCCCAACAGCUGCGAGAGCAGAUGGCUGCGAAGGAGAACGCACAGCGGGCCGCAAAAGGGGAGAUGGAAAACUCUCGUUCUGCGAACGCUGGGCCGAGCUGGAUCGAGGGCGCUACGGAAGGAAGGAAAGCGCGUCGAAGACGAUCCAACACGGAGUACGCUGAGCAGCUCCGAGCUCAGAUAGCAGCACAAAAAAGUAUCAAUCAAGCUCAACAGAGUCUUGUGGCUGCGAGAGUGCAGCCACCGAAGGACAUGUUUGAGCAGGGUGGAUAUGAGAAAUAUUACCAGCAGCUGCACCAACGGUUGCUAGGGGGAGUCAGCUCGUUUGAUUAUCAAAGCGGAGAACCCGAGCGGCGUAGAUCACAGAUUGACGACCACCGCAGUCAGGGAAGGCCCAGGACAGAGGAGAAGAUUUCUCUUUCGCGAGGGGAGGUUAGCAACCCUUUGGCGACAGCGAGGCAGGAGCGGGUGAAUCACCAGAGGGAGUACGCCGAGGCAUUGCGACGGGACAUGGCUGCGCCGAAGGUCGACUCGCUCGGAAGGCCUAUCGGGGAUAUCACCAGCCCCUCCAGAACACGGCUCAGGAACAGUAACAGCGGCACAAGAAACACCAACAACAACCCCGAAUUCUUCGGGCAGAAUUACGGAAAUAGCGCCCCACGUGAAGCCGGGCACCUCCAGCCCGGCCCGCGACCCCAAGCGGGCGAGCACGUUCGGGAUUGGAGCCAACAGCCCUUCGAAAGAGAAUACCUGCGAGAACACGCAACUCCAUACGGCGCUUGGCCGUCAUCUCAGGCUCAAAGCCAAGGGCCGUACGAAGUGGGAGAGCACCGACACAGUCGACAACCUCCUGUCCCCGGAACCCACUACGAGGCCUACGGUAGCAACCCGAAGGGUUACCCCAGCCGUGGGGACUAUGACGAGCUAGAAUACCCUACGGGAAGACGGGGGAAUGCGAAGUGGGUAGCUGAUGGGAUUUCCGCCUCCGGGCUUCCUCCUCCUCGGAGAGAUUUCGUGGAUGAUGGAGAACGACGGGGGGAACGUUGGGGCACGAGCGGACCCUAUCCAGAAAGAGGAGGCGGGUAUCCCGGUAAUCGUACAAGAUUGCCGGAGUUCGGAGGCAAGAGCUGGGACAUCACUAACCCUUCUGUGGGGGGCGGGCACGACAGAAAUGUACAUCCGGGUCCGAUUAGGGACCAUCGUGAACAGCAGGACCGUCGGUACUUUGGACCUAGAGGUCCUCCCGGCGGGGCUCCAGCAGCGGGGGGUGGGGUUGGGGUACGUUCCACGAAGGCCAGUACGAUGCACAAUCCUGUCGACCCGGAGGAACUCGCCAGGAUACAAGCAAAGAAGGAGUCUUAUCGGAGAGACCUGGAGGCUCAGAUGGCCGAGCACACAAAACUCCAAGACCAGCGAAAGCAGGGGGUGCCCGGAUCUAAGGAGGCCGAGGUUUUCCACCUGCAGAAAGCUAUGGAAGAGAGAAGCGAGCGAAACAAAAUGGCGCCCGGUUACGAAAUAGGCCCUCUCGGCGUACCCGUGAUUAAAGACAACUACUCUACAACCGGCCGAGGGCAGAGAUCUCCUGCAAAGAUGCGUGCCGUCGCACCCGCUGCCACGGGUAACCAAGGGCUCUCUGCAUCAUCUGCGAUAGAUCCGUCGAGCGGGCCCGUUGGGGAAUCGACCCCGCAAACAAGCAGCGAGCUUUUCGGUAGCGGACACGAUGGGACAUCGUCAUCGCUACUGGCUCCAUCCGGGGGUGGUGCAGAUGUUAGUGAUGCUGAGGGUGUUGGUGCUCCAUCAAGGCGGGGUAGCGGGUUGAGGGAGCUUCUAGGCAUAGAGACGAAUGCCGAGAGGGACAGGGAGAAAAGCAGGGUGCAGGCUGAAGCUCUCAAGAAGCAAGUCGAAGACAACAAGGUCCGGCGGGACAUCCAAAAGGCCCAACUGGAGUUGCAUGAACGAAAGGAGGAACUCAGGCUUCAAAAGGAACGAGAGCAGCUUCAUGAGAGGGAAGAGGAGAAGCGGGAGGAUGCAAGGGUGGAGAGGGAGCAAAAGGAGCUCGAAAGAAAGUACGCCAGGGAGCGGGCUGCUGAAGAACCCCUCGUCCAGGCGUCCUCCAAUCCGGCCAAUUUGCCGGUGUCUGAGUUUCCUACGAAAAAGGGGGGAGGCACCCGUUCCCCGAGGCCGAUCAAAUCACCGCGCGAGCUCGAGGUCAACGAGAAGAGACACGAGGAUUCUGUUAUGAUGCCGCAUCUUCCCGGGCGGGAGCGUGGGACACCGUCCAUUGAAGCGCAAUCGGACAACGGCGAACAAAUGGUGGAGCCCAGCAAAAUUGAAACGAAGGGCCCCGUCCAAAGUGAUGGCCCAUCUCCUCACCAACCUCCUGCGUCUCCACGGGGCCUCGCUACCCCAAGGGAGGGGGUAUCCAUCGAGAAGCUUCGCACCGAGCUAUGGAAACAGAAGCAGCUGACAGAGGUGUUGAGACACGAAGUCGGCCAGCAAGAGGCCGAGAAAAGGAAGCUUAUUGAUAUCGCAAGGGUCGCGAAAGAGUCGGAGGCGGCAGCCCUAAGAGCGGCGUAUGAACGUCGGGCAUCCAAGCACCCACCAGCCAAGGAACUCGGAAUCGCGGGAGGUGGGGCAGAAGGCAACGAGUUGUGGAGGGUACCGCCACCUCCCUCCACGGAGGGUGCUGAGGGUGAGGGGCGCACACCAAGCCCCAGUGCUCGGAGGCGGGCCGAGAGCAACUUUGCAGCCAAGAAUGCGUACGUGGCGAACCGAAAGUUUGAUACGGAUGAAACCGCGGAAGAUCGUCUAUUGCUGGCUGGGCUGCGAAGACUGAGUGAUGGCAAUCGGGCACCUGGGGGAGGUUGCGACACUGACAGGCUUCGAAAAGAUGAUUUAGGUGGUGAUUCCACGUUCCGAGAACAAGUGCCGGGUGCUCGGGCGUGGAGCAGCGGUGCAGUCUCAAACAGUCGUGACGGACGCGACAGCAAACGCCGACCGUUGGACUACGGCGCAGUCUCCCCAGGGGGUAUUCGGGCCGAGAGUCGGUACGUAUUUCCGGACGGCUCGGUGAGACGGAGGCUGGAGACACCCGCUGCAGAAGGCGGGGUGGGUGACGGAGGCGGUGGUGGUGGUGGCGUCCCAAUGCCACUUGUUGGGACAUCCAGGAUAGCCUCAGCUGACCUGUCCUUCGCCCUCGGAAUCGACUCUCUUCGAGGAGGUGGCAACGGUGCCGCUGGUGAUGACGUCGAGAAAGCGUCCUGGCGACGGCGCGGUACCGGUAGGACGGGGAGUCGCGACAACGAGGGUGGGGAGCACCGAGGGCCAGGGGCGGCACCAGGUGCAGAGUGGGCCCCAGUCGGGCGACCUCCCCGCGCCUUCGUCCCGUUCCUCAACCUUCCAGUUUCGAACGGCAAGGCAAACGGCAACAACAGCAAAGAGGGGCGAUGGGCCAGUCGUGACAGCGACGGCAGCGACUCGCCAUAUUUCCUUCCACCGGUGUACUCUGCCGCCGUGAACGGGCGAAGCAAGCGGCGAGGGCGCCCUUUGGCGGGGAUCGGGGGCGUUCUUGUCUCGCCGGGGAGGGCGAUGCUCACAGGGCCCGGUAGACCUGGAACGGGAGCGACCUCUCCGGAGCGGCCGGCGUACGGGGAGACGGGUAGCGGGCACCAUCGCCGUCGGCAGUCGCGUCAACGUGCACGCCGCGAGGGCGCCGAUCUUGGCAGUACCUCUAUUGGUGACGAAGAGUUCUCUGACGAUUGUGAAAGCGUGGGAUCUGGAUCAACGGACGUUGAGUUUUUGCGGCGACGUGCAGAGGCGAAACUCAAAUCUCUUGAUCGACGGGAAGCCGCGGAAAAAGCGAAAGAGAAAGAACUGAACUUGCUCGUGGCGUCAUCACCCGCCCGAGGAACGACUGACGUGACCACGCCCGAAGCGCCGGCAAUGCAUUCGCGGGCGGUAGGCGGGGUAAGGCUCGCCUUACCGACCCACAACACCGCGCGGCGGACAAUUAGCGCGGCUAGCAGUAGCAGCAGCCGAUCGUUGAUGUAUUCCCGUCGAAAGAAACGACCAGGAACCAACAAAAGCGAGAGCAGCAUGUUGGGGGACUCCAGAUGGGCAGAACAACUAAAAUAG